UUUUUUUAAAUUGAUCAAUUUAAUUUAAGAAAGAUAAAUUAUUAGAUUAAGUAUUAGAUUUUCAUAAUGAGUAGAUCUUGUGCCUACACUUCGAAAAUUCCUUCAGGAUUUAAGGAGCUUAUAGAUUAAGCAUAGGACCUUAAGUUAUUUUAGGUUAGCGAAAAUGGUCCUUCGUAGUUUAUAUUUAAAGAUGAAGAGGGGGAAAAAUUCCGCAUUUAAAUAGGAUAUACUAUUUCUUGUACAUGUCAAUAAUAGAGGAUAAACAAUCAGUGUGUGCAUACUGUUUUUGUGUUGUCUAAAAAAUUUAGAGUAAAUCAAGAGAAUCCAAUUAUAUGGUAAGGUAGCUACACAGAUUAAGAAACAGAGGAUAUCAUUAACUUAAAAUAUAUGCAAAAGCGAAAUAACGCAGCUGGUAAUAACUCUUAAUCAAGAUAAAGCUAUUUGCUAGCUAGGUAAGGAACAUAAAAGAUAGAUUAAGCUUUAAGAAAUGCAAAAUAAUAGUUAAGAUAGCCUCUUGAUGAAGAAUCAAUCUGCCCUAUUUGUUAAGAAGAUAUGAAAAAUGACUAACCUCUUACUUAUUGUAGAAAAAAGUGUGGAAACAACUUUCAUAUAAAGUGUUUAAGAGUAUGGAUUGAUCAUAAAUUAAGCAGUGGAGACAAAAUAACUUGUCCUAUGUGUAGAUGUGACAUGACAAAUGGUAUUUUUGAUGAAAUAAGAAUAGAUGAAGACUAAUUUAAUAUCAAAUAUGUGACACAUUUUGGCAAAAUAUGUGGUGGAUGCAAUAAAAAAAAUAUUUUGGGAAAUCUAUAUCACUGCCUAUUUUGUGAUAAUUUAGAUCUUUGCCAUUACUGCUAUGACUCUAUGUAGCAUCCAGUUCAUUAAAAAUUCUUAUUAAAAAAGAAAAAAGAUUGUGAGUGGGAAAUAGCACCUUAAAGAAUUAAAAAGCCUUAAUUUGGUAAUUUGAAUAUACUAAAAACUGGAAUUGAUACAAUUAGCCACCGCUAACUAGAUUUAAAGCCUACAUAGAUAUAUAGUAAUUUAAAUGAUUACUUUGUUUCUUGCUUUAGCUUAUUUAAAGAUAUUAACUAAGAGCUUUAACUUCAAUCUGGCCUCUCAAUUAUUGGAUAAGAAAUGAAUAAAUCCAAGAAUAAUUGCUCAUUAUGCAACUAAGUGGACAAUCAUGGACUCAUGAGAAAGCUUUCAUGUGGACAUGGGAUAGAUUCUCUUUGUUUAAAGUAACUCAUUUCUUAAAACGAAAUAGAGUGCCCAACAUGUAAAGUACCAAUUCUAAAAGGUUAUGUAUCUGCUUUCUAGUUAAAGAAUAAAAAGACUAUUUAAAAUGAGUAAUCCCAAGACAAACAAACAAAUAAUAAAGAAUAAGAAACAAAUUAAUCAAAGGGUUAACAAAAAAAAAGUAAUACUUUUAAACAAAAGACAUUAGAUAAGUUUAAGACAAGCUAAAGUACUAAAGAAAAUAAUCUUGACUUAGCACUAACUGGCAAUUUGCUUAUGCCAAUUUCUAAUUAAUAAAAUAAUAUUAUUAGUGCAUUAGAAGUAAAUGGAGAGAAAAAAAGUAUGGUUGAGAUUGAACAAGAAGGAUUAAGCUAAAAUACAAAAAGGAGCUCAAAUUUUAGAAUAAAAAAAACUACACAUGUGACCAAACCUCCAAACAAUAGGCAGCCAUAAGUUAUUAAAAAUGACUUAAAUAAUAGAAUCAGAGAAUAAAAAGAAAAUCUUUAAUAAUAAAUAUAAUAGGGAGAGUUUUAGCUAAUUGGUAAAGAAAUAUUCAACAAAAAAUCAAAGAAUGAUGAAGACUCUACUAUCAGAGGAAAUACUUUCAAUUAAUAAAUCAGAAGAAAUUCUUAUAAGUAAUAAAAUAAUAAUGAAUACUCUGCUACUCAGUGUUUAGGAUAGUAAAACUAAUAAAAUUUCAUUUCAAACUAAUUUUAAUAUGAAUAGAGCUCAAAUUUAAAUUUAUAUGAGUAGGAAUAAGGUGAUUUCAACGAUUAAGAUGAAAAAAUAUUUUAAUAAGAAGAAAAAUUUAAUUAUAAUGAGAAUUAACUUAAAUAAAAUAAUUGUUUAGAUAAUUAGAAUCCUCAAUACUCUCAUUAAUUAGAUAAUGAUAAUUAUGGAGAAGAAGAAGAAGAAGAAAAAGAAGAAUGUAAAGAAAACUAUUUAUAGUAUUAAUAUGAAAUAUCUGGAAAAUAGGAAUAUCAAGUAGCAGAAAAUUCAUAAAUAAAACAGAAUCAUGAACAUGAUUCAUGUUUGUUAGAAGAUGAAGAUGAAGAAUUUCAAAGGUAAUUAAUUGAAUAAUAUGAGAAAUAAUUUGGAGGGGUAAAUGAUUUAUAAAAUGUAUAACAAGAAACUACUUUAACAAGAGUAAAUGAUGAUUUAUCUGAUUAAUUAAUAAGUUAACAAGAGAAAUAUUUUGAUUAGCUUUAAAAUAAUGACAAUUAAAUUUAAAAUAACGAAAGAAUUUCUUCUUAUUCUUUGAGUCACUAAAAUACAACAGCUAUAAGCUCAAACACAAAUAUUUAAUCCUUAAUGAAUGAAUAAUAAGAAUAUGAAACAUAUAUAUACCAAAACAAUAAUGAGUAGGAGAAUUUAACAAUAAGAGGCAACACAAUCGAAAAAGCUAAUACACUAAAUAGUAGAGGUAUUAAAUACGAUAGAGAAUAAAUUAAAGUUGUCAAAUAAGGAGGAAACCUAAAUUAAAAAAUAAGGGUUUCAAAAUCUUAAAGAAUUAACUAGCAAAAGCAUGGAUAGUAAAUCAAAGUACCUAUAGUAUUACAAAAUUAAUUUGAAAUUGUAGGCUAAUCCUCCAAGCCUUAGGCAAGGAUAAAUGAAAGAAUAAAUGGCAACCAUGAUCUUAUAAUAUGA